CGGAGGCUCGGCUCUAUGGCCGUGGCGGGGGUGCCCCCCCGCCUCGGCCCCGCCUCCGCGCAGGCGCAUUACCGCCAUGGCGGGCGGGGGCACCGCCGCGCGCGUGCUGGCGCGCGCCGCGGGGUGGGGGCGGCCGCUGGGCCCCGAGGAGACGCUGGGGCUGCUGGAGGCUUCUGUGGUGCACCGGGAAGGAGCCCUGCUGGCGCUGAGCAAGCCCCCCGGCCUGCCCGUCCUGGGGCGCUCCGGGGAGCUGAGCCUGGUGUUGCUGCUGCCGGUGCUGAGACGACGCCUGGGCCUCCCCGCCGAGCUCCACGUGGUGAAGGCUCCCGCCAGAGCUCCCACGACCCGCAGGGAGUGUUCCGGCCUCGUCCUCCUGUCCGGCUGCCACCGCGCCACCGAGCAGCUCCAGCGGUUCUUUGCCGAUGCCCGUCGCAGAGGCCAGUACCCCGCCACGUACCAGUGAGUCCCCGGGACCCCGCCGUGCCGGCACGGGGGGGGGGGCCCCGUCCCCUCCUCACCCCCUCUCCCCACAGCGCCGUCACCGUGGGGGUCCCAGCGGAGGCGGAGGGCGAGAUCCGCGCCGGGCUGCGCUGGCAGCAGCAGGGUGACACCACCGUGGUGGUGCCGGUGCCGGCUCCGGGACGCCGCAGCCUGGCCAGGAAGGAGGUGAAGAGCACCCUGACGCACUACCGGGUGCUGGGGACCGCAGGGGGCUGUGCCCUGCUCCAGCUCCAGCCCAGGACAGCCUUCCCGGAGCAGCUCCCGGUGCACCUGACGCUGCUGCUGUGCCCGGCCCUGGGCGACCACAAGCAUUCAUCCCGCGUGGGCAGGGUGCUGGGGGUGCCCUUCCUCCUGCCCCCCGAGGCUGCCCCGACCCGCACACAGAUGCUGGACGAGGAGCUGCUGUGCCGGCUGGGGAUCUCCCCGCGGCAGCUCCACCGCCUCCCGCUCCACCUCCACCUGCAGCAGCUGGUGCUGCCCCAGGGCCCGCUCUGUGCCCCCCCCCCCCCCCCCUUCCUGCGCACCCUGCGCCGCUUGGGGCUGCCCGGGCACCCAGAGCCCCCUGCAACCCGCUCCCCUCUGCCACCCCAUUAAAUCCUACCUGCCGCCA